CUAGAAUGAGUGCUCAUUGAUGAACAGAAUAAUCCUUUCUAUAAUCUCCUCUCUCUCCUUUCUCUCACAUAAAUAUCUAUCUUCUUUUUGCUGUUUCUGCCAUGGCUGCAUUCAGGAGAGGCAAUUAAUGCGAAGAGUACAAAGAGUGAUAUUGACACGUUGAUUAAAUCAAGAAAUCAUGCCAAAGAUUAAAGGAAAAGCAUUAUGCAUUUCUCUUGCUAAUGAAUCCAAAAAAGAGGUGUUGCCCAUCCCUCAAAUCUCUCAUCUAGAUUCCCUCUGGUUUUGCCAUCUAAUCUUCAAUUAUGGCUUCUUUUAUCAAUUUUUUAUCCGCAUCAGCUGCCGCCUCUCUCAAUCUCUCAUUCUUCAGCUCUCUCUCUUCGCCGAUUUCUAUUGAUAUAAAAUAUGUAGCAAUUGGUGGAUCUUGCUUCAAUUUGCAUAUGUUCUUCUCUGAUCACAUAAUAGGGUUUCUGGGAUUUAAUUCCCAAGCAUUUCCAUUUUGGGAAUUUUCAUCAAAUUUCAAAAGAGAGCAUUUGCAGAUUCUUCUAGCAGUCUUCUGCAUUGAGGAGAUGAGUAUCACAAGUGAAACCGAGGAAAGAAUGAUAUCCAAGAAUGGUGCAGGUUCAUCGUCUGUUGAGGAAGCUAGUAGUGGAGGAAAUUCAGGAGAGCAUGGUCCAUUAAAGAAAGGUCCCUGGACUUCUGCAGAAGAUGCAAUUUUAGUUCAAUAUGUUACUAGGCAUGGAGAAGGGAACUGGAAUGCAGUCCAGAAGCACUCGGGCCUUGCUCGCUGUGGGAAAAGCUGUCGUUUGAGGUGGGCAAACCACCUGAGACCAGAUUUGAAGAAAGGUGCAUUCACUCCCGAGGAGGAGCGACACAUCAUUGAACUUCAUGCUAAAAUGGGAAACAAAUGGGCUCGAAUGGCGGCUGAGUUGCCUGGCCGUACAGAUAAUGAGAUAAAAAACUACUGGAACACUAGAAUCAAAAGAAGACAACGUGCUGGACUACCAAUCUACCCUCCAGAAUUAUGUAAACAAGCAUUGAAUGAGAACCAAAGAAAUGAGGACUUCCGUACUUUCUCAUCUGGGAAUGCUCAACAGCACGACUUAUCACCAAUUAAUAACUUUGAAAUCCCGGCUGUGGAAUUCAAAAGUUUGGAACUUAAUCAACUGUUAUAUACACCGACGCUUCUUGAUAUUUCUCCGACUAGCUUGCUUGAUAGCCACACAGAUAGCCUGCAAGUGCAAGGUCUCAACCCUUCUUACACUGGCAAGUCUGUGCUCUCGACAUUCUACCCAUCGAAGUGUUUUCAAGAAUCCGAAUUUUCGCAGCCCAGUUUAAAUGCUUCUGUUUGUGAUGUUGUCCCAGUAGGCAUUCAAUACCCAAACGAUGGUUCGAUGCAGAUUGCUCAAUCUUCUGCACUCCCGUCUCUGUAUAAUCGUAACUCAAAUUCCAAUAGUCCACCAUCCUUCAGUUCAAUUCACGGCUGCCAUUCCGUUUUAAAUGGCAACUCUAGCUCAGAGCCUGCUUGGGUGAUGAAGCUAGAGCUCCCUUCACUCCAAACUCGAACAGGUAGUUGGGGAUCACCUUCUUCUCCACUUCCUUCCCUUGAAUGUGUUGAUACUUUGAUACGGACCCCUCCGACUGAAAACACUCAGUCGCGUAGCCUUUCCCCUCUAAACAGUGGCUUGUUGGAUGCUGUGCUGUACGAAUCACAAAAUAUGAACUUCUGCCAGAAAAUUUCUCAAGCAUCGGUUAUGCCCAUUGACGUAAUGGAUACUUCGUCUCAUGAUCUUCAUAAGACAAAAUGGGAAACAUAUGGUCAUGCGUCUAUGUCCUUUAGUGAAUACACCAUCAGCGGCAGAAACCCAUUGGAUGAAUCCCAAUCAGUUGAAACCAUGCCAGGAUGCAACAUCAAAGAAGAACCAAUCGAGCCUGUCCCAAUGCAAUACGAUGACAUCUCCGAGACAGCAAAGCUGUCGAUCUUCUCCAGACCUGAUUUCUUGCUUGCUUCAAACUGCUUUAUUCCUAAUGACGACCUGAGUAGGGAACAUUCCCUUCUGGAAGAUGCAUUCAGGCCAUUCCUUGGUGAGGAUUUGAGCCGGGACUGCAAACAAAUGGACAGUGGUGCUACUUCGGCUCAAGGGUGUGGACACAGUUCUUGUGCAUGGAAUACUACGUCUGCUGUCUAGUCAAUUGCUUACAGUCUUGUAUAUCUAACGUUUCAAAUAGCAUUUUCAACAGUUAAUUAUGAAUAUAUCCGGGAAUAUCACAUUGGCUUCAAAAACCGGGAACAGUUCUAUGAUGUUUGUGAGUCUUCGACGACUUAGAGAUGGGCACUAACAUGUGCAUGAAUGAUUUCCGGUCUUUAA